GUGAGAAGGCAGCCCGGGUGAGGGGCCGGGGAGCAGCGGUGUCCAGGCCUAGCUGGAACCUGGGCUCAGAAGCCGGCUUCACUCCGUCCGUCCUUGGCUUCCUCAGCGCCACUGCGCAUGCCUAGGACGGUUUGGCAGCGACAGUUUGUUUUUACUUUGUUUUUCUGAAGGAGCGCUUGCCAGUUUCUCAGAUUCCUGAGACCACUACACCUUAGACCAUGAGCGACUGGAUGCCCAUCGCCAAGGAAUAUGACCCGCUUAAAGCUGGCAGCAUCGAUGGUACAGAUGAAGACCCACAUGACCGAGCUGUGUGGAGAGCCAUGCUGGCCCGAUAUGUCCCCAACAAAGGAGUCACGGGAGACCCCCUCCUUACCCUGUUUGUGGCACGACUGAACUUGCAGACCAAAGAGGAGAAGUUAAAGGAAGUCUUCUCUCGGUAUGGUGACAUCCGACGGCUGCGGCUGGUUCGGGACCUGGUGACGGGCUUCUCGAAGGGCUACGCCUUCAUUGAGUACAAGGAGGAGAGGGCCCUGAUGAAGGCCUACAGAGAUGCUGAUGGCCUGGUCAUCGACCAGCACGAGAUAUUCGUGGACUAUGAGCUAGAGAGGACCCUCCGUGGUUGGAUCCCUCGGCGGCUGGGUGGUGGAUUGGGUGGGAAAAAGGAAUCUGGGCAACUGAGGUUCGGUGGCCGAGAUCGGCCUUUCCGAAAACCCAUCAACUUACCAAUUGUCAAGAAUGAGCCACAUAGAGAAGGGAAAAGAGAAAGGAGGGAGCGAUCUCGAUCUAGAGACAGACACUGGGACCCCAGGCCCAGAGAACGGGACCAUGAUAGGGGCCGAGAGAAGCACUGGCAAGAGAGGGCCAGGUUGUGGCCUGAGAAUGAUUGGGAAAGAGAGAGGGAGUUCAGGGAGGAGAGGGCCAAAACCAGGGACAAGAGGGACAGAAGUAAGUAGGCAAUGGAGGUCACCCAGAGGGUGGGGCUAAAGCCACCAGGCCUCCACCAGGCUGGGGCAGUUCCUUUGGCAGUACUGGGGAUUGAACACGAGAGUGCAGCAUGCCAGGCAAGCCCUCCAACCACAGCUACAUAGGAUGAGAGGGAGAAACAAUUGUCUAGGAGCCACCGGCUCAUGUGGAAAUAGAAAAGUUUUCACAUGCUGUCGACCCAGCACUUGGAAGUUGGAGGCAGGAGAAUGGAAAGAGAGAGGGGAUAAUAAAGAAUCUGUCUUUGCUUUCUCACACCCUCGGAGGUGGGGUUGAAUGUGCGGCAGAGGGGAUAGUGGUUUAAAACCCUUAAGUAGCCUGGUGUAAUGGCACAUGCCUGUCAUCCUAGCAGUGGGGAGGCAGAGGCAGGAGAAUUGCAAGUUUGAGGUACAAAAUGAGAUCCUGUCUCAAGAGCCUAUGAGAAUUAGUUUUAUUGACAUUGACUCCUGGGAUAUAUUGUCUUUUCUAUUUUCAUGUUUGUAGCUCCAGGGUUUGCUGAAUCGAAAGAAAAGGGCCUAGAAAGGCAGAUCCAAGGAGACUUGCAGCCCUUAGUAACUCGGCAGCAGGUUGGGUACCCAGGUCAGCAGGCUGCCACUGUCAAGCCUGUGAAACUCGGCUCCCUGAAAACAUGCUGACCGCCAGCCUUCUCCCAGACUGGCAUUUAAAAUGAAAGUCUUGCAAGGCUGUGAUCUGUAGCUGACUCUGAGCUCUUUUAAUAUAAAUCCAGGCGAUGGUGGCGCAUGGAGAGGCAGGCGGAUCUCUGUUUGAGGGCAGCCACGUCUACAAAGUGAGUUUCAGGGCUGCUCAGUGAGACUCUGUCUCUCAGGAAUGAGAUGAAAGAACGGGAGGAAGGAGAGACUACCUGGACCUAGUUUAAAGGGCUGGUGUACCCUUUUUCCUGACUCUCUGGAUUUGGGUUUGUUGGACAGCUGAGUUCUGUGAACUUGAAAUCAACCAAAAACUGCUCUCAAGACUUUAAUAAAAUGGCAUUUUGCUGGUC